CUUCCCUGCUGGUUAUCCACGGCCCAGCGCAGCGGCAGAUUCAAACGUCCUCCCUCCAUGUUCACAGGGCAAUCAAUCCUCUCGGGAGAUGAAGCCAAGCAGCCUCCUACUGUUCACAACAACCAUCCUCCUUUGCCUUAGUAUGGCGCAGCCUAGAGCAACUAGGAAAGGAGUUACGCCGAAACAGGGGUACUGUCCGGAGUUUCUUCUUGACUGCCCGUUUAUCCUGUUACCCUUAUGUAACCAUGAUAAAGGGUGCAAGGGCACCAAAAAAUGCUGCUUCUACUACUGUCAGAUGCGGUGUGAGGAACCCUGGACAACCUUGACUUGAAAUGAAAACCUUUCUUAACCAAGUCUGGGAAAAUAACGACAGCAUUGGCUCCAACUUGGAUGGCUGACCUCAAGUUCUUCUGUCUCAUAGACCCCUCUUAUUAGUGAAUUAAAUGUGUAUUAUUAAUAUUAAAG